ACAUGGUCGGAACUCAAUCCCUCUCAGCUAGCGGGCCUGCAGUAACGGUUUCUGACAAAACAUGUUCUGUCGUUCCAGGUGGUGCUUCGAUAGUUGUAGAUGGCUCAACCGAAGCUACAAGCUUUGCAACCCAAGCCGCCCACGAAGAGCCUCGCAAGAUAUAUGUCCUGGCUAUGUUUUUGGUUCGCAGACACUGAUAGCGGGCAGACUACCUAUAACCUUUCCAGGGACUGUGUUGAG